AUGUCGACGAGAAACACCAAUUCUACUACCCACAAAGCGACCGCCGAGGAGGUUGAAAAGGGCGAAGUGCUUCACACUCCAUCCGAUCAUGACCAUUCACACAUGACGCGGAAGAUUCUAUGGAAGCUUGACACCAGGAUCCUGCCCAUUCUCGCCGUCCUCUUCCUGUGCUCAUUCCUGGACCGUACAAAUGUCGGCAACGCGAGACUUUACAAUCUCGAAAAAGACAUUAAUAUCACAGACCACGAGUACGACCAAGGUCUAGCCGUCUUUUACGCUACCUACAUUGUAAGUGAGGUGCCAUCAAAUCUGGUCCUCAAGCGCGUGACUCCCUCGAUAUGGCUCACCGUGCUGGCCUUUGCCUGGGGCGUCACGGCCAUGUGUCUCGGGUUCGUGCAAAACUUUGCCGGCUUCGUCGCCGUCCGCGCCAUCCUGGGUGCCACCGAGGGCGGGCUGCUGCCCGGCAUGAUUCUCUACCUCUCCGGCAUUUACCGCCGCGAGGAGCUUGCCCUGCGCAUCGGUCUGUUUUACACGGCCGCGUCGCUUUCUGGCGCUUUCGGUGGACUACUCGCGUAUGGAAUUUCGAAAAUCGGUAGCAGAGGAGGCCUAAGCAGCUGGAGGUGGAUUUUUGUGAUUGAAGGGCUGCUUACGGCCGUGGUUGCUAUUGUAGUAUACUUUCUCUUGCCCAAUGGACUUACCACGGCGAAAUUCCUCACCCCCGAAGAACGCGAGUUCGCAAUCAACAGACUCAAGGCAGGAAGAGACAACGACCAGAUUCGCGAUCAUGAGGCCGAGGAAAGGUUUUCUUGGUCCGAGGUUGGUCGCGGCGUCUUUAGCUGGCAAACCUGGCUGACUGCCUGCGCCUACUUUGGAAUCUUGUCCGGGCUCUACUCUUUUGGUCUUUUCCUCCCGACGAUUAUCAAUGCGCUUGGUGGUUAUACAGUUUCGGAGACCCAACUAUGGUCCGUCAUUCCAUAUGCAGUAGCCGCCAUAUGCACCGUCAUUGUCGCUCUUCUCUCGGAUCGCCUGCGUAUUCGUGGAAUAAUGAUGCUGUGCACACUGCCCAUUGCCAUCAUUGGGUACGCUGUCAUUGCCAAUGUGACGAAUCCACACGUCAAAUACGGCAUGACCUUUUUGAUGGCAACAGGCCUGUACAGCUCCGUGCCUCCCGUCCUGGGAUGGCUGUCCAACAACUCGGCCGGCCACUACAAGCGCGCGACCACGAGUGCUCUUCAGCUGGCCAUUGCCAAUUGUGGCGGGUUCGUGACCGUCUUUGUUUACCCCAAGUCCCAGGGUCCGCAAUAUCACGAGGGACACACCAUUAUACUCGGACUCUUGAUUGCUGGUUGGUUCCUGAUUCUGUUUAAUGUACUCCAUUGCUGGAAGAUUAACAAGGACAAAGCCAACGGGAAAUAUGAUCAGUAUAUCGGCAAGUUGGAUGAUAGAGAGCCAUCAUUCAAGUUGGUAUUGUAG